AUCAACUUUUCUUAGUUGUUUAGUUUAUCAGUAAGAAGGUACGAAGAAAAAAUCUGCUGGGCCCUUCCCCUCUCAUGUGGUGCCGACCAAUGGUGGUUAGUUUCGGCCUCUUCUUCCUAAUCGGAGCCCUUGAAAAUGAUUCUGCAACUAAAGUUGGUUCUUCGAUUCUUGAUGAAGGGUUUAGCAAGUAACUCAUCCGGUCAUAGGGGUUGACUGCUUCUCUAACACAAGAGACCGCCUCUUUCUCACGCCGUCAGGCCCAUUGUGACUCCUCCUAAAGAAAGGCGCAGGGAGGUCUCGUGGAGAACACUCAAUUCCUCCGGCCGGCGACGGUGACCGGUUAAUGCCGUCGUGGCUAGGGUUUGACUUGUCUCCUUUGGAUUAUAUAGAUUCUCGAGGGUUUCAAUAGGGCACUUUCUUCUUCAAGGCACUCAAUUUGGCAUCAGAGGGGGAGGGAAGGUGGGAAGGGAGGUUGUAUUUUCCGAGAGAAGGGGUUCCGCUGCUGAGUUCGAGUUGGGGAGUUGCAAAAGCCGACCUCCCGCAGCGGCGGCGCGGCCUGAUAGAAAUAGAAACCCGGAGACAAUCCUUUUCAUUAUUCACUUCCUUUUGGGUACUCUUUCCUUUUAAAACUUAUCCAAAGAGCAGGGGCUUCUUUUGCUUUUUUGCAAACUAUCGUCUCCCCCAUCGUCUUUGUACUUAAUCAAAAAGCAGGCUGCAACUGCGGAGGAGGAGAUAUCGGGAGGCAGAGAGGAAGUACAUGAACAGCCCAUUCUUCCAUUCAUUCGUUUCCGCUCUGCAAUUGUGAGCUCCAUGAUAGAAUGCUGGCAAUAGAGAAUCGGCAGAGAAUAGGUACUCAACAGCAGAAGAAAGUGAUGGUCGGUCCGAUGAUAAGGGUGGGGAGUGAGGAUCUUGGGCCGCCAUGGCUCGUCCCGAUGUUAAAGACGAACUUCUUUGGCCCUUGCAGAAUCCAUGCUGAUUCCAGUAAAAGCGAGUGCAAUAUGUACUGCCUUGAUUGUAUGGGCAAUGCUCUAUGUUCCUACUGCUUAGCCAAUCAUAGAGACCACCACACCGUUCAGAUAAGGAGAUCUUCGUACCACAAUGUCAUUCGGGUAUCUGAUGUUCAGAAGGUGCUAGACAUAACAGCGGUGCAGACGUAUGUGAUUAACAGCGCUAGGAUCGUCUUCUUGAACGAGAGGCCGCAGCCUAGGCCUGGGAAAGGCGUCACCAAUACAUGUGAGAUCUGUUGCAGGUCUCUUCUUGAUUCUUACAGGUUCUGCUCCCUCGGUUGCAAGCUUGCAGGAAUCAGGAGGGAUCCGACGCUCACAUUCGCCCUGAAGCCGAAGCAGAACAGAGAUGGCGCAGGGGGCUCAGAGUCAGAGGACUCGUCAACGCCAAAGAAGAUGAAGCGGGCGGCCAUGUUCAAUCGAUUCGUCGACGAUAAAAGAUGGGUUCCGUCCGUGGGUAUGUUCAGGGACGGGGAUAAGUACUCGAGUUCCGGCGAUGAGGCUGCCAAUUUCACCGGAGCCAUCUCCCCUGAUACCCCACCAAUCAUCAACUACAGAGUAGGGAGGAGGAAGGGCAUCCCUCACAGGGCUCCAUUUUGAUGUCCUGCUCUCUGCAAAAUCUGGGGAAAAUGCCGAUGAAGGAACGUAAAAAGAUUAAAAUCCAAAAAUCUUGAAGGUCAACCCUGCAUAGUAGCGCAUAGUUCUAGGGUAACACCGAUGAUUAGUGUGAACAGAAUCAAAGAUAUACUAGGCGUAAGAAGAAGAAAACAUAACUCUUUCUCUUUUCUGUCCUGUAAAUACAAGGCAAGGCGCAAAAGUCAGCCCCUUCAAAGAAAAAAAAAACCCAAAAAAGACGAAAGGAUAUAUACAUAUAUGUAGAUCCAUGUGAAUAAUAUCUUGAAGCUUUCUUAUGUUUCUUUCUGCAUUGUUCUGGCAGGAAGAAUAUUCUUUAAAUUAUGGUAUUCAAGUUGGUAGUCGUGUAGAUGCGUACUGUCAUGCCCGCAGUAAGGUCAGUGUACAGAUUGUACUUAUUACUGUGAAUGUUAAGAGCAAUAAUAUAUAGCCUUUACUUAUAAA